AUGCCGCUCCGAUACGCUCAGACCGGUGCAGUGUUGCGCCGUUUAGCGACGCCGCGCUUCUUCUCAACCUCCUCUGCGCGCGCCCUCCCCACCCACCAUGAAGAUCUUCACCGCCUUCACGCAGCAAAGAAUCACUAUGAAGUCCUUGGUUUGCACUAUGAUGCCACACCGGAGGAAAUUAAAAAAUCCUUUUACACUCUCUCCAAGCGUCACCACCCCGACCUACACCCGCACGAUCCGCAUGCCUCCAAGCGCUUCAUGCUCAUCAGUGAAGCGUAUGCAGUCCUCGGCAACGUGGAGAAACGCGCGCGCUAUGACCGCGACGUCCUGCGGCGCAAUCCCCACACCGCGCACCCACACGGUCACCGGCAGGGCGCAAGCUACCACAGCACGGGCCCGGCCGGCGGCCGUCCGGCAUCUGGGCUGAGCAGCCGACGGCGGACGACCUUCACUGGUCCGCCGCCCAGUUUUUACCGAAGUGGAGGGUGGGGCGCGCAUGGGGCGAAGAGGCGCGCCGCGCAUGAAGAGAGCACGGGGUUCGGCUUUUAUGGGACGGCCGCUGGCUCGGGCUCCUCCUCUUCAUCCUCCCAAACUCCCGGCGGCAGAGGCCCACAUCCCUACCCUGGAACGGGCGGCUUCGCAGGCGGGAUGGGCCCCGGCCAAAGUCCCUACCGCCCCUUCGACCCCGAAGUCCCACACUUCGACCGGCACGCGCACGAAAUGGCGCAGGAAAGGCGGAACGCAGAGCACAGGAUGCAGAGGAUGGCACGGGAAAGGGGGAUUAACCUGGAAGAUUCACAGUCUUCCACCACUAUGCCCUUCUGGGCGGCAGCAUUAGUGUUGGGAGCUGUGGUCGGGGGGCCUUUCUUAUUGAGCGGGGUGUGGGAGAAGAUGAAUCGGAAAGAGGGCCAUGGGAAGAGGAAUGGGAGGUAG